AUGCUUUCUCGUGUUUCUGCUAUUUCUCUGAAGUCUUUCACUCGUGCUGCCUCCACCAUCACCGCUGUGAACGCCAGACAGGUGCUCGACAGCCGUGGCAACCCCACUGUGGAGGUGGACGUGACCACUCAGGACGGAACCUUCACCGCUUCCGUGCCCAGCGGAGCUUCUACCGGAAUUCAUGAGGCUGUUGAGCUUCGUGACGGAGGCAAGGCUUACAACGGAAAGGGAGUGAUGAAGGCCGUGAGCAACGUGAAGGGCGUGAUUGCUGACCACAUCAAGGGAAUGGAUGUGACUGAUAUCUACAGCAUUGAUGAUAUGAUGUUCAGACUCGAUGGUACAAAGAACAAGGGUAAGCUGGGUGCCAACGCCAUUCUGGGAACCUCUCUUGCCUGCGCCAAGGCCGGAGCUGCCGCCAGAAAGAUGCCUCUGUACAAGUACUUCGGUGAGAUGGCUGGAAAGGACAAGUUCGUGCUCCCUGUGCCCGCCAUGAACGUCAUCAACGGAGGAAAGCACGCCGGAAACGCUCUCGCUUUCCAGGAGUUCAUGCUGAUGCCCGUGGGUGCCAAGUCCUUCUCGGAGGCCAUGCAGAUGGGUUGCGAGGUGUACCACAGCCUGAAGUCUGUGAUCAAGAAGCGAUACGGUCUGGACGCCACGAACGUGGGUGAUGAGGGUGGUUUCGCCCCCAACAUCAAGAGCAACGUGGAGGGUCUGGAUAUCCUGAGCGAGGCCAUUGAGAAGGCCGGAUACUCGAAGGAGGUGCGCAUUGCUAUGGACUGCGCUGCCUCUGAGUUCUACACUCAGGACGGCUACUACGACCUGAUGUUCAAGCAGGGUGGUGGCGAGAAGAAGACUAAGGAGCAGAUGACCGAGUUCUACAUCAAGCUGGUGAGCGACUACCCCAUCGUGUCCAUCGAGGAUCCCUUCGAGCAGGACGACUGGGCCGCUUACGGACUUCUGCGCGAGAAGAUCGGCAAGAAGGUGCAGAUCGUGGGAGACGAUCUCCUGGUGACGAACCCUGCUCGUAUUGCCGAGGCCAUUCAGAAGAAGGCUUGCAACGCUCUGCUGCUGAAGGUGAACCAGAUCGGUUCGAUCACCGAGUCCGUGCAGGCUUGCCUGGACUCGCAGGCCGCCGGAUGGGGCGUGAUGGUGUCUCACCGCUCGGGAGAGACUGAGGAUAACUACAUCGCCGACCUGUCGGUGGGUCUGUGCUCGGGACAGAUCAAGACCGGUGCUCCUUGCCGAUCGGAGAGACUUUCCAAGUACAACCAGUUGCUCCGCAUUGAGGAGCAGUUGGGUAACAAGGCCAUCUAUGCCGGACUGAACUUCCGCACUCCUGACCAGUGUUAAAUUAGCUAGCUAUGAAGAAAGCAAAGGAAUAAUGUGUUUUUAUACUUCUGU